AUGUUGAGUAUUCCCAGUUAUAAAAACGACGAUCCCAAUUAUCGCUACAAAAUGCCUAAAUUAGUUGCCAAAGUCGAGGGUAGAGGCAAUGGCAUUAAGACAAAUAUAGUAAACAUGGCAGAGAUUGCCCGUGCUUUAAAAAGACCCCCAGAUUAUCCUACUAAAUUUUGCGGUACUGAAUUGGGAGCGCAAUCCAAGUUUGACCCUACAGAAGGCAAAGCUAUAGUAAACGGAGCACAUGAACAGAGGGAUUUACAAGUUUUAAUAGAUAAAUUCAUUGAAAAGUUUGUUUUGUGUGGAAACUGUAAAUUGCCAGAAAUUGAUUUGAUUGUUAGAAAAAGCCGAGUACAGUAUCGCUGCAACGCUUGUGGUAACAAAGGCGAUUCAGACAAUACACAUAAAUUAGCAGCAUUUAUACUGAAAAAUCCACCCGAUGGUACAUCAGAAAACUCAAAUGACUCUUGUGGUUCACAGAGUCAAAAAAAAGAAACUAAGAAUUCGGACAUAAAAGAACAAUCCACUUUGGCGGCUCUUGAAGAUUUAUGUUAUUUUAGUCCAGAGAUUGUUGAGAUUAUACAGCAAUUGUCUCAAUCAGUAUCUACUUCAGAGCUUCAGAUUACAGAUACAAUGAACAUUAUAACGCCAGAAGAGUUUUCAGAACAAGUCAGAUUAUUACAAAUUUCUCAAGGGUUGGACGAAGUAAUGAAGUUUUACGUUACAUUAAUGUCGAUAUUUUCUGCUGAAGCGGGAGGUUUGAAAUCAUCAACGCUGAAAACCAAAAUUGUUUACUUACGACCUAUUGCAUCUUCUAUCAAACCACAUAAUACAUUAAUUGCUUUGCAAGAUUUCUUCUAUCUUCACAGAAAUUCAACUAUUAUACCUGAGGGGUUCAAAGCUUACGCUGCAGUAUUGUAUGCUUUCUACGAUCAAGAACUUAUAUCUGGUGAGCAUAUAGCUCGUUUUUUUGAAGAAACACCGUACAAAUUGCUAAAAAAUAGACACAAAGAUUCCGUCAAAGCUUUUGAAUUGGCUACUGAAGCUGCUCAGCCUUUUUUGAACUGGUUAAAUAAUUCUUCAGACGACGAAGAAUAA